AUGCCGGACGAUCCAUCCUUGAAGUCAUCCCUUCCAUCGCUGGUCUUGCCACGCUUCACGGAUAACGGACUGCUAGGCAUCCCGCGCGAGCUUCAGUUGCAGACGAUGGACGCAGAACUGGAAACAUUGAAGCUCACACUCUAUCGGGCGCGCCGAAUGCGCAAUAUGAAGUCCGCCGCUUGUAGCCUUCCACCUGAGCUCUUGGUCCAUGUGUUCGGUUACUUACAGUCAACAUGGUGGCCGGAGUGCGAGUAUACGGAUCCCGGACGUGUAUAUGACAUCGGUUGGAUGUGUAUCACCCAUGUAUGCAGUCUGUGGAGAGAGAUUGCGCUCGGGUCUCCGUCGUUGUGGUCACCACCCGAGAUAUAUGUCUUUGAUCUCCCUCAUCAGUUCAUCUCGCUCAUGCUGGCUCGGUCUCAAUCACAACCCUUGCACUUCACGUUUUACUCUGAGGGUGAUUGCGACGAUUUACUACAUCCCAAUCUGGAUUCAUGGCUUUCUCCUGCCCUCUUCCGACGUGCCAGAUCUCUGAACAUUACAGGAAACUGGGACCUGAUUGAAGCCAUGGCAGCCCGCUUUCCCCAGAAAGCGGAGAUGGACGGACUACGAGAGCUGUUCAUAUUCAUUUGGGAGCCAGAACCUGAUAUAGUCUUACCUACACCUCUACGUGACUUAUCUGGGGUCACCACUCUUUCACUGAGGCACUGCGAAGUCCCUUGGCGAUCACCCGUCAUCUCGCCGCGGCUCACGCAUCUCCAUGUGACCAAUGGGUGUGGCGAGAAUCGUUUAUCAUAUCACGACUUUCGCACAGCGAUGGGUCUUCUUCCCGUGCUUGAGGAGCUUGCCGUGAAACAACGCGCUCUCAUCGGUGCGGCGACAGGCGAUGUCACGAUUAUGCCGCAGUCAUUGAGAAGACUUCGCCUCAUCAUUUAUGACGACGAACAUCCUCUCGAAUGUAUCGCACUCCUUCCUCUUAUCAAGGCCCCACCCCAAUGCAUUUGCGAUCUCGAGCUUCACGGACUCAAGCUUCCCGAUAGCUCAAACCCGGAUACCAAAGCCCUUGUCGACGAUAGCUUGCUUCGAACGUUAUACCCUCUAUCCUUUCAUGCUCGGGACGAUGUAGUGCAGCACCUGACGCUGACGCACUCAAUCCUGCACUUCGCUUCGACCACUGUAAUCAUACCACCGCCUAUAACGCAAGAGUGGGUUCCAUGGGGCCCAGAUGGAGGGGUAGUAAUCACUAGUUGGAGGGCGAUUGGUAUCCUGAAUCCCGAUUUCCCUGCGCGCUUCCAGGAUGCCAGCGCGAAAUACAUGUCGAACAUCAAUUUCGACAGGCUUCGAACCAUCUCCUUUGACGCAAGCUUUUUCUCUAUGCUCGAGCGAGCAGAUCUCUGGGCGCCUUUAAUGGAGAGGGCCGUGGAGAUCCGUCAGAUCGGCGUGAUGUACACCGGUGUAGAUGAGCGUCAUCUAUCAAACUUGCUGGAAGCGCUUCGAAGACAGUACGAACCCUCAUUCGGGCCAGCGGGAGGGAUGCACAUGUUGGCACCUCAUCUUGAGGUGCUGGCACUCCCUCUCUACGGAGAUCAAACUGGGCAUAGUGUCUGCAUCGCACCACUUCAGGCUUUGAUACAAGCCAGACGCGAGGCAGGCAUUCCAUUACGUGAACUGGUGGUUCCGAGGGAGACCAAAAACUGGACAGUAUGGAGAGCGCUGCGAGCGUCGCUAAGGGUAACGUUCAUUAAGUGGGAGUCAUUUCCCCACUAUCGCGGGCCGCAACGAUCCCCCGUCAUGCCCAAGCUUGUUGAUAACUUCAAGAUACUGGAUUAG